CUUUUCUCAUCCUGCAAGCGUACUUCUCCAACCUGGUAAACCAACCAUGGCGGGCGUCGAAGAACACCAAAAGACGGAUGGCCAGGGCGUCGACGCCACGCCGGUGCCGCUGAGUCCGGCGUCCUCCAUCGAAGAAGCCAAACGUUCCUCGGAUGAGUCGUCUGCCCCGAGUCAGGAUGUUCUUUACGCCGCCGGGGUUGGACUGAGGCCCGACGACCCUUCCCUCCCGUGCCUGACCCUGCGCAUGUGGGUGAUUGGGAUUGCCUUCUGUCUCAUAGGCAGCGGUGUAAACACGCUGUACACCUUCCGCUUCCCGUCCAUCAGUCUCUCACAGUCGGCAAUUCAGUUCUUGGCUUAUCCCGUCGGCAAGGCUUGGGAGUUCGUCGUCCCGGACUGGGGACUCAACAUCAAGGGCCAUCGCGUCAGCCUGAACCCUGGCCCGUUCAACUACAAGGAGAACAUACUCAUCUACAUCAUGGCCAAUCUCAGUUUCCUCACCCGACUCAGCGCCGACGUCUUGACUGAGCAGCGGGUCUUCUACGGGCUCAAGGCAGGCUGGGGCUUCGAGCUGACCGUCACGCUGGCCACCAUCUUGUAUGGCUUUGCACUGGCCGGGCUGUGCUACGCGUUGGUCGUCGAGCCCCCCGCGUUGCUGUGGCCCGGCGUGUUGGGAAACACGGCCCUCAACGCCGCGCUGCACUCCGGGAAGAGGGAGGACGAGACGGAGGCCAAAUGGACGGCGUCCCGUUAUCGGUUCUUUAUGCUGGCCUUCAUCGCAUCCUUCUGCUGGUACUGGUUCCCGGACUUCAUCUUCCCCGCGCUGGGGUAUUUCACGUGGGUUUGCUGGAUAGCUCCGCAGAACGCGGUCGUCAACCAGGUGUUCGGCAUGAAGAGUGGCAUCGGGUUGCUUCCCUUUACUUUUGAUUGGAGUCAAAUUGCGUACAUUGGGUCUCCGCUUGUCGUGCCCACAUGGGCCAUCCUGAACGUGCUGGCAUCGUUGGUCUUCUGGAUAUACAUAAUCUCUCCGGCCCUCUACUACUCCAACACGUGGGAGUCUGCCUAUCUCCCCAUCCAGAGCAACUCCAUCUACGACCACAGCGGGAAGACCUUCAACGUCUCCAAGGUCAUCAACAAGGCGGACGGGUUCAGUUUCGACCCGGUCAAGUACGCCAACUACUCCGAUAUCUACCUCCCCGUCACCUACGCUCUCAACACCUUUGGCCUGUCCUUUGCCACAAUCGCGUCGCUCUUUGUCUGGCUAUUCCUCGAGAAGCGCCGUCAUAUCGCAACCGCCUUCAGGUCGUCAAAGCUCUCCGCUCUUCUCGGAGGCGAAGUCGUGCCUCGGACCAACCCUCAGCCCGCGUACAAGGCCGUGCCCAUCUGGUGGUAUUGGAUUGCGGCGGCUCUCGCUCUCGGCUUUGGGAUCUUCGCGUGCGAGUUCUACCCCGUCCAACUACGCUGGUACGGCGUGCUGUUAUCAUUCGCGGUGUCGGCCAUCUUCUUCGUUCCGCUUGCUUGGGUGUAUGCCACAACGAACAUGAAGAUCCAGAUCGACAUCUUUUGCCGCAUCGUCGCCGGGUACAUAUGGGAUGGUAAGGUGCUGGCCAACAUCUGGUUCUUCAACCUGGGGUACAUCUCCGGCAUCAAGGGGUUGGCCUUCGCCCAGGACCUGAAGCUGGGCAUUUAUUGCAACAUACCACCACGACAACUGUUCCUCGUCCAGUCGGUCGGUCUGGUCAUAGGCUCCCUCGGCCAGGUGUCGGUCCUCAACUGGGCGCUCAAUCACAUCCCCGGCAUCUGCACGCUGAGCGCGCCCAACGGCUUCACGUGCCCCUUCUCCCGCACCCAUUUCAACACGAGCAUGGUCUGGGGCGCACUCGGGCCGCGCCGGUUCUUUGCCGAGGGGGCCAUGUACCGCUCUCUGCUGUGGUUCUUCCUCGUCGGGGCGGUGCUGCCCGUCAUCGUCUACGUGCUGAGGAAGCGGGUGUUCACCGAGUCGAAGUGGCUGAAGAAGAUACACGUGCCCCUCUUCCUCGGCGGGCUCAACUACAUCCCGCCGGCGUCUGGGACCAACUAUGGAAGUUGGGCAAUCGUCGGUCUGCUCUUCGGGCUGCUCAUCAAGAACAGGCAGAAGACGUGGUGGAGGAGGUACAACUUCGUCCUCAGCUCGGCCCUGGACUGCUCGGUGGCCAUUGCCGGCAUCGUUAUCUUCUUCGCCAUCUUCUACACGGGGGCCUCCAGCAAGCUCAACUGGUGGGGGACCGAGGUCUACAAGGAUACGUGUGACUGGAAGAGCUGCACUUACUUGAGCCGUAGCGGACAUUGAAAGGACUCGAGGCUCGAUUGCAGAAUGGUUAAUGUUCACACUGACAAGGUGGGUGUGCUGGUCUUGAAGAACUUUUGCCCGUAGGAAAGACGGCCAGAUUCAUCAGAAGCGAUGUAUGUCGGGAAACUCACUACAAUAGAUAGCUCAUCGAAAUGGGUUCUUUGCCGGCCAUCUCGUGACAGAAUCUUGGCAUAGAAAUACCUGCAAUACCUAUAAUAAUAAC